GCCAGUUCAGAGCGUGCGUGCAUGACGUCUAUUGCAUGCGACUGUUUGCGUCACUUCAAGGCGAGCAGAGAAAACAUGUUUCAAGGUGCAACAAGAAGUUAGAUGAGGUAUGGUUGAGACGAUGGAAGAAACGACAACAAAACAACCGAAAGAUGGCAACAAAAAGAACAGAAAGUCUUCUGAGCAUAGAGACAAACGAAGAAACGAGAAUGGAUUACGAGGUCCAAAGGAACGUCUGGAUGGCCAAACCGUGGGCUACUAUCGGAGGGUUUCCGACAUGCUCAACGAGGGUUUCCCUGGAGAUGAAGAGAAGGUUUUAUUUGUCGACAAUGUGCUGAGAGAAAUGGAGGAAAAGGCCACCAUGGUUGCCAUGGACAUGACGGGCAGUAUUGCCCUUCAAAAGUUGCUGCCCUUUGCUAAUGUCACACAAGUUGGAAAAAUUCUUUCAUUACUUGGUGGUGAGGGUGGUUCAGGGUUUCAAGCUGUGUCGUGUGAUCGCUGUGGUGGACAUGUAAUGGAGAGUGCCUUACGACAAAUGUCCAGGUGUACAGACAACAGUUCCGCUGAGGAAGAGUCACCUGACACAGCAGAGGAUUCUGGGAACAUGGAGGAGCAGGUCCUAGCCCUGUCUAAUGUUGUCAGAGAGAGCAUCCUGGAGUUCAUCAAAAAUCCACACGGCUCCCAUGUAGUGCGCACACUGUUGCAGGUGUUGGCGGGAUGUGUGGCUUCCCCACGGCCAGACUCUCGACCAGGGGGGAAAGAUAAGAAUGCCACCCCCACACUGACAGACUUUGAAGCACCUGUCUCUUUCUGGUAUGAGCUGAAGAACCUCUCGGCUUCUCUGAUGGAGAAUGUCAAUGUGUGUUUAACGGACGCCAUUGCCAGCCCAGUCCUACAGACGAUGUUGACGGUCUGUCACCGGAAGAGACCAAAGCUUCUCAAGAUAAUGAACAAGGGCAUCAUGGGGUAUCUCACUGGCAUCAGUUCUGCUCCUGGAGUCAGUCCACUCUUCGUGUUUUUUAAGGACCAGACGGGAAGUCGUCUGCUGGAAACUGUAAUACAAUGUGCACACAAAGUCUUACUGCGUAAUCUCUACAAAGACCAUCUGAAGAAGAAUCUUGUGGACCUGGCUCUUCAUCCAAUUGCAAACUUCCCUGUACAGAAAUUCAUUGCAGCCGCUGCUAACCUAAAACUGUUCCCUAAAGUCUUCAAAGAGAUUUCUGAGGGUCUUGAAGCCAUUAUGGCUGCUGAGCGUAUGGGUGUGGUGACCCAACUGGCUAAGAGCUGCAUAGAACACGAGGAAACACAGGGAGCAUUUCUACAGCACCUCCUACAGGCUUUCCACUGUGCCGAGCCUGCGUCCCGCCACGCCGCCGCUCUCCCCCUCUUCCUGUCCCUCUACACCUACGAGCUGUGCUACCCCACCGAGGGAACAGAGGAGGGUGCAACGCUACAGCGCCCCCUGGAGGUUAUAUGCUACCACGGCUCCUGUCUAGUGCAGUCCCUGGCGAAGUUCAAGGACCGGUCCCUGCUCAUGAACAGCGUUCACAGCCUGACUCCCGCCGAGCUGGUUGCGCUGGGCUCGCACCAGAUGGGGAGCCAUGCCCUGCAGGCGCUGGUGACCACAUGCAGUGACAAGAGCAAGGGCAAAUUCCUGAGGAAGAUGGAGGGAACUUAUGUGCAGCUGGCCUGCUCCAGGAUUGGGAGCCGCUUCAUAGAGGCACUAUGGAACAGCGCCACCGUGAGUCAGAAACAGAGCAUUGCAGAAGAGCUUGUUCCCUGUGAAAAUCAGAUAAGAACUGAUCAGUAUGGGAGGCACGUUUGGUCCAAGUUUGGUUUGGCACACUUUGGGAAAAGGAAAGCACACUGGACUGAAAUUCAGACAGGCGAGUGCAAGAAGAGGAAGAUGUUCAGUGACAUCCUUGAAUGAGAUCCUGUGAAGGCAAUAUCUAAAAAGUGAUCACAUGAGAACUGUAGCGAGUCCAUUUUGUUCACAAAUCUGACUGAAGACAUUUUGUUUUCUUGUCUUGUUAAGAUUUCUUGUUAAGAUUUAUUUUGUGAAGUUUCAUCGUCUGUGAUACUUCAUGAAAAGUUCAUUGAAAUGCGGAUUGUGUCCCACAGCACAGAUGGACAGCCUCUUGCACAUGGACAUAUGCAUUUUUAUAAUAAAAAAAAUGUUCUGCUUGUUUA